ACGAGCCGCACGCGAAGAUUGUACUGCAAUGGCGUGCUGUCGGCAGAAUAUCGGCGGACCCAACCCACCAGAAGUUGUGAUGGAGGGAGAAAAUAAAGAAAGUGCCAAGAGAGUUGGAAUCAUCGGAACUGGCAAUUUCGGAAGAGCUCUUGCAAAACGGUUGAUCUUUUCUGGCUAUGACGUCAUCAUCGGCAGUCGAAGCCCUGGGUACCGACAACUAUCGGAAUAUGACGAGUGCUUGUGUGACCUUCGGCUCACAACCAUCACGGAAUGUGUGCGAAUGUGCACCGUUGUCUUCAUAUCGGUUCACGUGGAGAACUUCAACGAUACAUUUUCGCCGCUGGGAGAGCUGUUUGCAGAUAAAAUUGUCAUUGAUGUAUCGAACAGGGAAAACAUCUCUGGCAAAAUGUCCAACUCAGAAUAUUUGAUGACCUUUCUACCAAAAGCCAAAAUCGUCAAGGCCUUCAACAUUAUCUCCGCUUACGUCAUGGAAAACGACAUCGCCGGCGGAAGUAGAAAGGUUUUCGUCGCCGGAAAUGACGUCACGGCUCGAGAUGUAGUGUGCAAUAUUGCGCGUGAUAUGGGUUUUGCGCCUGUGGACUUUGGCGGUUUGGUGUCGGCACGCAGAAUAGAGGCGUUUGUUCUACGAUUGUUCCCAGGAUGGAAGGUGCCAAUAUUCUUCACGUUUGCAAUAUUCAUCUUGUGGUGUUUGUACAUCACAUACAUCUGUUUCAUAGCCAGGACGGCGUAUAGAUGGGAUCAGAUUUUUUUGAAAGUGUUGAACAAACCACUCUGCACGACAGCCAUUACGUUAAUGGCCUUGACCUAUAUGCCUGGAUGUAUUGCUGGAUUUCUGCAGAUGGUUUAUGGAACAAAAAACAAACGUUUUCCAAAAUGGAUGGAUUACUGGCUAAAAUCAAGAAAACAGUUGGGUAUCAUUUGUUUCAUUCUCGUUUUCGCGCAUGUGCUGAUAUCCAUUUUGUUAAUAAGCCCGACGUACUACAGUUCAUGGUUUCAAUCCACCGCCAUAACUAUACCUGGCAACCUAACUACCGACCUUCACCUUCCUAUGAAGACACUGAUGAUAUGGAAAGGCGAGGCCGCGUGUCUCGUUGGCAUCAUUGCCUUCAUCUUUCUUUGUCUCCUAGCAACCACUACUCUGCCUUCUGUCGGGGAUUCGUUGAACUGGCGCGAGUGGCGUUUCGUCCAAUCAACGCUCGGCUAUACUGUACUGUUUCUUUCCAUUUGUCACGUGAUGAUAAUGGGAGUUCCUGGCUGGGUGAAGUACGGAUUUCCUAAAACUUUUGGUUUCAUUUCAUUUCUGUGUCUUAUACUACCAGUGACUGUGUUUAUAAUGAAACUGAUUCUCCUGCUGCCUUGCGUGAACAAAUAUGUGUCCAAAGUACGAAAAGGAUGGGAGCGAAACAACCACCCGUGCUUACCCCACUCCCGCGUUAAAACUCGGGGGGAUACGGAAUUAAUGCGGAUGCUGUGAGGGGUCAAUGUCAACGAAUUUACGUACACCAACGUGCGACUGUGUGGUGUGAUAAAGAAGGACCUUCCUAAUCCGGACCUGGUUAAUCCAGCAACGCUUCCGUUUUUGUUCGUCUGUUGGACUGUAGCUGUGGUACAUUAAUAUGCUGGCGACCUGUAAACAUUUGAGUCUGUAAAGGAUUAUCCAGUGGGCGACACAAUGAACACCGAGCUGCGCAAUGGUGUGUGUGUGUUUCACUGGGAGUUGCUGUGCUUUCAUUGCCAGCAGCUGGUGUAAUUUCACCUGGACACCUUAUCUCUCUCUGUGUGUGUGUGUGUGUGUGUGUGUGUGUGUGUGUGUGUGAGAGAGAGAGAGAGAGAGAGAGAGAGAGAGAGAGAGAGAGAGAGAGAGAGAGAGAGGGAGAGAGAGAGAGCUUUAAACAUCAGCUUUUAGAACUAUGCAUGUUUUAAAUUUGGUU